ACGAGAAACGAAGAUGAUGAUGAUAAGCGAUCUUCCGAACGAUUUGGAAUCGGAGAUACUCGCUAGGGUUCCGGCCAAGUCUCUUUCGGAACUGAAAACGACCUGCAAACGAUGGUACGCUCUAUUCAAAGAUCCCAAGUUCGUGGAGAAGAACAAGGAGAUGAGCAAGCCUGCAAGAGAGUCGAUUUUACUGAGCAAUCACGAGGUUUACUCAAUCGCCGGAGAUCUCCACAGCAGCGGCGACAUCGCACAGCCUCUCGAGUUCACCGGUAAACUCUCGAAAGAUUUGGACUUGUAUACGAUGUCUCACUGCGACGGUUUGAUGCUAUGCCAAGCGAAGAAUAACUCUAGCGUUGUGGUUUGGAAUCCGUGUACUGGUGAAACGAAGAUGAUCAAACCAAGGACUCGUUACCAGAUUAGAGAUAGAUUCGCCUUAGGAUAUAAUGAUUCUCGCCGUGGCUACAAGAUCUUGAGGUGUCGCUAUUAUCAAAACGAGGGGAAAGUGUGGUUUGUUGAGUGUGAGAUGUAUGAGCUUAGCUCUGAUUCUUGGAGGGUUGUUGAUUCCUUCACUCAUGACUACGGAAUGUACUGCAGUGGCGUGUCUUUGAGAGGAGAUACUUACUUUGCUGCUGGAGGUAAAGAAAUGGGUUUCUUCUUGAUGAAGUUUGAUUUCACGGAGGAGAGGUUCGUGCGUCUCCCUCUCCCGUUUCAGAGCUUUGAUCCUGAGGACACCGCGGUUCUCUCUGUUGUUAGGGAUGAGAAGCUCUCUGUGUGUCAUCAGGAGAUUCUUGCUUGGUCCAAUGUGAUGAGGAUUUGGGUGAGCAAUAAGGUUGAGGAAGAGGGGAAAGUGUUGUCUUGGAGGAAAGACUUUGUUUUGACUGUGGAUUUCGAUAAGUUUCAGCUCCCGUGUGUGGUGAAUGUGGCGAGCUUCUUGUUGGACGAGGAGAAGAAAGUGGCAGUGUGUUGUGACGUUUGUGACGAAGAGAUGAAGGGGGAAGAGAAGAACAGAAUCUACAUUGUUGGUGAGGAUAUGUAUAAACAGGUUUAUGACGAUGAUAUUGUAAAUGCAUAUCUUCUCAACUGUCCACUUGUUCUCACCUAUGUUCCAAGCUUGGUUCACAUUCACUAAGAAGAGACAGAUGUUCUUCUGGUGUGUUUCGGUUUAGGUGUUGCUACUUGGUUAUGGUUUUCUUGUGCUUUUGUGUAUUGGAUCGUUUGUUCAUUUACAUUGUUCUGCUUGUAGCCAGUGUUUGAUCUUGGAGAGAUUAUCAUCACAUAAGAAGAAUCUGAUUCAUGAA